UGUGGUGCUGCUAUGUGCUGGCAGGGAACGCCUCUUCGUCUCAGCGUAUUUUGCUCAACUAGACGACAUAUGGGAGUGUUUGCUUCUGGAAAUACAUGAUUUUUUUUUUGGACAUCCCCAUUUGCCCUAUGAAUGAACAUGUUCCCAACAGAACACAUGCAAUUGACCUCUGCUGACCCCCUUCUCUUAUCCUCCACGCAGGCCUCUCAUUUUAAAAUUCCAAUAUUUGUCCGGCAAGGGAUUUUUUUUUUUUUUUUUACUGCCACUAGGCAGUGCUAUAACCUAAAUCCCACCGUGAUGGAAACCUGCUGUGAAAACCCGUAUUUUCCAUGGUCUUAUCUUCCAUCCCGAUGAGCUCCCAAGCUGCCAAAAAACAAAACCACGACAUCCAAACUGGACUUGACUGUUGGAUAUGCGGAACAGCCGACAUAAAAAUACUUAGGUAAUUUUUUUUUACUCCCCCGUGUGUUUGUCAUUUCGACUUCCGCAUCUCAUAUUUGAUUGUUAUUUCUUGUUUACAGCGGUGGACACGCACAUGUUAAAUGUGUUAUUUAUGGGACGAGCAAAAUGUGCAGGCCGGCUUUAGGACCGCGGGGAGUGCGGGGAGAUAAUCGAUCGAGUCCACUGUUUUGGACUUUCUGGGGCUCUUGACAACCUGGUUGCGGAGUCUAAUGGAUGCAAACGUGCUUGGUGCACUCGCGGUGCCGCCGUGGGUUACUUUUUGGGGUGGACUGAAUGCGAGAAUGGAAUUCAGGAUUGAACAGGGCUAAUUUUGGGUGCCUCUCUGCAAAAUGGGGCUGUGGGGCUUGCGCCGGCGGAUACUGUGUUUGUGGUUGCUGCUUCUUGGAUUCACCUUGCUUCUGCUGAUCGUUGCUGACUUUUUCCACGGAGGGGAGCGUCUCUCCGAGCAAAAACUAGUCGGCGCCCCACGCCGCCCCUUCCAGCAGAGCCUUCGUCCGCCCGACGACUUGGAGCUUCUCGGAGACGCGGCAUUGGAGCUUGGACCCGACUUCGUCCCCAUCAACUCGCUGAAAGAGGACCAGCUUUUGUUCGUGGCGUCCACGCAAGGCACGAAAGAUCCACCGCACAAGAAGGGAAAUUACAAGGUGCUCUUGCCCGCGGCGGGGAAGGAAUUUCUGUCCGCUCGUGUGGGACAAGGAGCGCCGCCGGAUCGCUCUCUGCCCGAGGCGCGACAUCCUAAGUGUCUUGGCGAGCAGUACAGUGAAUCUCUGCCCUCUGCCAGCGUGGUCAUCUGCUUCCACGACGAGGCUUGGUCCACACUUUUACGCACAUUGCACAGCGUCCUCAACACAACGCCCAGAUCCUUCUUAUUGGAGCUCCUCCUAGUGGACGAUCUCAGUACACAUGAUGACUUGAAGACUAUGCUCAGUGAAUACGUGUCCCAGCUGGAUGGGGUGCAUUUGAUUCACAGCACAAAGCGUCUUGGGGCGGGCGGGUGCCGGAACCUGGGUGCGUCCAAAGCUUCGGGGGAGGUCCUGGUGUUCAUGGACUCGCAUUGUGAAUGUCACAAUGGCUGGCUGGAACCACUCCUGGAGAGGGUGGCCCAGGACAGGACCAGAGUCGUUUCCCCCAUCCUGGAUGUGAUCCACAGGGACACGUUCAAGUACAACGCCACCCGGUGGCCAGUGUGGGGAGUUUUUGACUGGAAUCUGGACUUUUCAUGGGAGUCCAAACCGCAACGACUGGACGGUUACUCGGACUUGGCGAUUGAACCUGUACUGAGUCCAGCCAUAGGAGGUGGAGUUCUGGCCGUUGACAGGCAUUUCUUCCAUAACGUGGGAGCCUUUGAUCCGGGGAUUCUACUGUGGGGAGGGGAACAAAUUGAGCUGUCAAUCAGGGUGUGGUUGUGCGGCGGCUCCAUGGAGGUGGUUCCCUGCUCCCGCGUGGCCCACUUAGACUACCACCAGCUCCGCCGCCUCCAAGACCAGGAGCAGCUUGAGAGGAACAAGAUCCGCAUCGCUGACACGUGGAUGGACACGUAUCGCAAUAUCUUCUACAGGCGGGACACCUUAGCUCAUUUUAUACGGCAGUCUGAGAGGCCCAAUAUUACCGAGCGCCAGCAGCUGAAGAUGACUUUGGGCUGCAGGGACUUCCACUGGUACCUGACGACGAUUCAUCCCCAACUUUACAUUCCGCAGGAUCGACCGGGACUCUCAGGCGAGUUGUACAACGUCGCAGUUGGUGGCUGUGUGGACCAAUCCCCGGGUCAAGGGCCCCGCGGCGGAGCCAUGAUCCUCGCACCGUGCAGCGGCACAGGCAGUCAGCACUGCGAUCUCAACUCUGAUGGGGAAGUGCGAUGGGGCCCCGCGGGGGCGCUGUGUUUGGGCGCCCUCGGAAAACGGGUGGUCCUUUCCCAGUGUCAGCCGCCAAUCAGCGAAAGGCUUCAGUGGACCUUCAUAAAGCUGAGUGGCCAGUUGCUCCACCGGCAGUCCCAGUUGUGUGUGGAGGCUGUGAAGGACGGACGUCCCCCACGGAGCAUACCCUCGGACGAAGUCGGCGCCCACACGGGUGAGGGGGACCUCGUCCUGCGCCCCUGCACGCGACAUCCGACACAGCAGUGGUACUUUGAGCAGCUAGUGUCACCCUAAAAAGGGAUCGACUGCUUUUGACUUCAUAUUGGCGCACUGUCUGCUAAUUUGGUGCUUUAUUUUCUUAUUUUUUUGUUGAAACAGUGCAUUGUGUUCUGAAUCCUGAUUGGUAACCGGACAGUAGACUAAUGACUCUCCGCAUCUCAUCGCUCCACAGCUUGCCAAAUUUGGCACCUGUCAGUGUUCUAACAUUUGACACGGGAUCAGUUGUUAUCAUAAUUUUUUAUUUAUUGAUUUUUAAAAAAAAAUUCAGAUCACAAUGCUAACAUCAAUAUGGGAACACAUUCUUUUAAAAAUAUAUAAAAUCUCAAAUCAAUACAGAAGAAAAGUUUUUUUUCGGGGGGGGGGGGCUAACUUUUGCUGAAGCACCAGAGUUCGUUCCCCCUCCGGAACACUUGUUGAGAAUCUGCAUGUCCUUCAGGCACCGCUCGUUUGUGUCCACUAGAGAGCGCUGUUCUUCACCUCUUCGCCCGGCGUUGUUUCACUCCCCGGUCACUUUCGGCGUUUUUUUUCCCGUCACUAAGUGGCGCUCAACGCUCGCAUGCUUGUCCAGCAGCUGUUCCACCUGAUAACAGUGUGUUUGCUUGAAACGCGAGAAACGUUGACAGUCACGCUAUCAACACAAAUAUAUUCAGAAGCUAGCCAUCUGUCUCCAACGGAAGCGCCUCAAUGGGGGUCAACGCCGUUCACAUUUGACUUCACGAUUCCUGAAUUGUGGUCGUGCUGCUUUUCAGGAGGCAACGCUGAUUAUCCUCCAAUUUUAAAAAAAACUAUCGCAUUAUAAUAAAAGAGCAGUCCGGUGAAUUGUGUUGUACGAUACUCCCAGCUGCUGGUAUUUUGCUACAUGUUGAUGGCCGAUGUGAUUUUACGCAUUAUCAUUAUACGCAUUCAGCUGACAAUUUAUUACCCGACAGACUCGUCCAAACUCAGCUGUAUUUUAGAAUGACUGACUCAACCUUUGUAUUGCUUUAGUUAAAUUAUUAUAAUUUCAUGUUUGAACAUUAUAGUAUUGUCUUCUUAAACAUGUUUAUGUUGAGAGCGUCUGAUUGGCUGGAGGAAACAGGAAGUGUUUUAGUAGCCGGAAAAAAAAGGUGUGUUCUCUUUCGGACUGCGGGGCAGACGUUGAAAAAUAAAGCUGUCUUCAAACGAAA